AUGGCCUCGUCCGCCGGAGCAAUCGACCCCGAGGACAAGCGUCCCGGCCCCGGCCAGGACGCCGCCGCCGACCGGCUCGUCACCUCGCACGACCCGCAGCAUCCGGCCAACCUCAUCCCCUCGCUCUGCGCAAAGUUCUGGACCCUGGGCUGGGUCACCGGCACCGGCGGCGGCUGCUCCAUCAGAGACGGCAACCUUGUCUACAUCGCCCCGUCAGGCGUCCAAAAGGAACUCAUGAAAAACACCGACAUCUACGUCCUCAACCUCGCCGCCCAAGACCCCCACUCGGAGCAGCAGCAGCAGCAACAGCGCACCUAUCUCCGCUCUCCGCCCUGCCACAAGCCCUCGCAGUGCACCCCCCUCUUCCUCGCCGCCUUCACCCGCCGCCGCGCCGGCUGCUGCAUCCACACCCACUCCCACUGGGCCGUCCUCGUCACCCUCCUGCUCGAGGCCAACAGCCGCCCCGACGUCUUCGAGAUCAACAACAUUGAGCAGAUCAAGGCCUUUCGCCGCGCCGCCGACGCGGCCAAACCCGGAAACCUCGGCUUCCACGACACCCUGCGCAUCCCCGUCAUCGAGAACACCCCCCACGAAGAGGACCUGACCGAGUUCCUCGAGGCCGCCAUGGACAAGUACCCCGACGCCUACGCCGUCCUCGUCCGGAGACAUGGCGUUUAUGUCUGGGGCGACAAUGUGCACAAGGCCAAGACCCAGUGCGAGAGCCUCGACUAUCUGUUCCAACUGGCCGUCGAGAUGGCCAAGCUGAGCAUCCCCUGGAUCAGCGACAUUGCCCGCAUCGGCCCAGACCGGCCAUAA